AUGCAGCUUACUGUACUCGCGCUUCUAGCGACAAGCCUCUCGACAGUGUGUCUUGCAGCGCCGGCCAACAACCAUGUCGCCCUCGAACCACGCCAGACCUACAUCAUAACUUGUACCAAGGGCGGAUGCACCGACAACAUCAGCCGCACUACGCCGGGUGUUCCAGAGCCAACAACAAGCAAGAUCACAACUACAACCAGCAAGAAGCCUGAACCGCCCAAGACAAGCACGAAGCCGGAGCCGACCACAACGAAGAAGCCAGAGCCACCCAAAUCAAGCAAGAAGCCAGAGACAACUCCAACUCCGACAAAGGCUAGUCACAUACUGAUUCGACAUGAUCUUGUUCUUGACUUCUUCUAA